AAUGGUUUGUGAAGGCAAGAACAAGGGCAAUGUAUCAGCUGUCUCACAGAAUCAAAUGCCCUGUCCUUCAGAGGUUGCCAGUGAAAUGGUGGCGAAUGUGGCUUCUAAGGAGCUUUGCUUUGGUUGGUGAAGCAGGGAAAGAGAAGCCCCUAGAGCAGCACAUUGUGAACAAUGAAUUUCCGAUGAUUUGUGAAGGGGAGAACACUGGUAAUUUAUUGAUUGUCUCAGAAGAUGGAACGCUCUGCCUUUCUGAGGUUAAUGGUGAAAUGAUGGUGGAUGUGAGAUCCAAGGAGCUUGGUUUGGAGGAUAAAUUGUGGCAAGAGAAGAAGCCCCAUGAACAGCAUGAUGUUAGCAAUGCAUCUGCUGAGGUUUGUGAAGGUGAGUACAAUACCAAUAAGUUGGUUAUUUUGCAUGAUCAAAUGAGUCACCCUUCUGAAUGUGGCAGUGAAACAAUGGUGAAUGUGGGCUCUAAAGAUAUUAGUAUACUGGGAGAAUUACAAGAUAAUCCCCAAGAACAACAACAAAAUGUUAGCAAUGUAUCCAUUAAUGUUUAUGAAGUUGAUAAUAAUGCCAAUAUGUUGGUUAUUUCCCUAGACCAAUUGAUUUGCCCUUCUGAGAUUGAUAGUGAAAUGGUGAUGAAUUCAAGGUCCAAAAAGAUUGGUAAAUUCUGUGAAUUAGGACAAGAGGGGCCCCAAGAACAGCAAAGUGUUAGCAAUCUAUCUGCUGUGGUUUAUGAAGGUAGGAGUAAUGCCAGAACAUUGGUUUCUCAAGUUGAAAUGGUAUGCUCCUCUGAGUUUGAUAGUAAAAAAGUGGUUACUGUGGGCUCUGAGGAGCUUUGCUUUGUGGAGGAAUCCAGACAAGAGAAACCCCAUGAACAAGAAAAUACGAACAACAGAUAUUUGGAGGUCUGUGUGGCUGAAGAGAAUGGCAAUGCAUUGGUUAUCUCUCUGGAAAAAGAGGUGCUUUGCCCUUCUGUGCUUGACACUGAAACAGCAGCAGCUAAUGUUUGCUUGAAGUUGAAGGAGCUCAUGACAGAUUCACAUGAUAGAAUCAUGCUCUGUCUACCCAAGGAAUUGUCUCCAUAUAGGAAAAUCACUGAAAGUGAUGAUUUGCAGGAUCCUACAUUGGGUGAAAAUUGGCUGGAAGACUACAAAAUGGCGAAUAUAGAACGGAUGCAGAGAGUAAUAUAUGAUUGUUCUGAACCUGUGACGGAUUCGGCUAGAUUGAGAACAGGCUUAGUGAAUGAUGAAGAUAUGGAAGAAGGGGAGAUUCUGAAUGAUAUAGAGAUUGGUAGCCACUGCUCAGACUUGGUGUGUGAGAGUGAAUUUAUUAAUGAUGAAAAGUUUGAGGGAGGGUCUAACCACUCAAAUUGCACUGAGGAAGACAUCCGGUCAUCAGAAGCUAUUUUCAAGGUGGAGGGUACUGAUGUGAUUGAUGACAAGAAGGGUGACUUAUUGCUUUCGUCUUCUGACAAUGGAAUUUCAAAAUGUCAGAAGCAGUGUGAUAAUGGAUAUUUUUCAGGUGUUUGUUUGGCAAACUUUGCUCCUGCAAAUGUAGGAUUUCCAAAUGAAGGGAAGACAUCCAAAAUUAAGGUUGAUGAGGCUGUCAUAAAGAUGAAACGAGGGCCGAUGGCCGAGGAAAGAGAAAAGCAGAGUGGAGGUGCAGCGAUGCUAUUCUCUUAG